CGACUUGCAUGUGUAAUCAUAUAGUAUAAGAUUACAGUAUAAAUAACAUUAAUAUUACCUUAUUUAUCUUAUUUCUUAUCAUCGUUGCUGUCUUUUUAAACUUUCCUUUAACCUUUUUUUAAGUUGUAUAUUUAUAGUAUCAUAAUGUCUUACGUUCCUAGUCAAAGUGACGCGAUUGCAAGCCUAUAUGCAUUACAUUUUUAUGAAAUAAAUACACAAAUGUCACCUUCAACUAUGAUGGAUAAUUUUUAUGCACGAAUUAUACCUUUGAAAUUUCAGAGUGCUAAAGAGGCCUUAUCGUAUUGUCGACAGUUAGCAAAAGAAUAUGGUUUCACAAUGAAACAGGAAACCAGUUCAAAUAAGAAUAUCUAUAUCUAUUGUUCACGCGAAGGGGUCGCUGAUUCCAGUAAACAAACUAAACGAAAACGUUCCUCAAUCAAAUGUGACUGUAAAUGGAGAAUUGUCUUAUUUAAAGAUGACAACAACCAAUGGGAAUUCAGGAAAUCAAAUAAUCCGCAGCAUGCACAGCAUAAUCAUGAUUUAAUUCCUGAAAAUAUUCCGGCUCCUUGGCCUCCUAACGUCCUUCAAAGGAUAGCAGAAUAUGCCAAUUCUGGAUUUUUAACAGGAGAUAUAAGACAAUUGAUGCAACAAGAAUUCCCAAAUUUAUCUUGGGAUGAAAGGAGAUUUUAUAAUCGUUUAGCAGAAGAGAGGUAGGAAGAAAAUCAAGAUUCGAGAGACUGAAAAAAGAGUGAUUGAAACCAUAGUUCUGGCAGCACGUGUAGCUUCAUUAGCAUGCUCAAGC